CGUACACAGGGUUCAAUGAGAGCUGUUUGCCCCACCCAUUUCUUCAACACCAUCUAGCUCCAUGUACGAUUUACUGAGAAAGGGCAAAAUCGCCAAAAACACUAUCGACGAGCGGAUCCGAUCGCGUUCAUCCGAGAAGGGACACAAGAGCAUCCGUCAGGAGCUUGCUGUCAUUUCGGUAUUUUUCUUGUCAAACAUGUUUUCUUCACGGCUGUAAACGCACAUGUGUAACCCUGUCUUUCAGCAAGUCGAAUUCAAAACGGGUAACACAAAGCGCACACUGACAGCGGACUCUGCUUACAGAAUGCAUUGAAAAAUAUCGCAGAAUUACGUUGUUCGAAACAGCUGCGUGUGCCGCGUGCGCCCCGUUAGCGAAGCCGUCCGGAUUGUUGUUUGCAUGCAGCCUACGGAUGUGAGGAGAAAUUCAAAUUACAGCAGCUAACGGAGAGGACAAAACCGCCUCUUUUGAUUCGAAUAGCUACAUAAGCCAUCGGUUUGCAGAGCAAGAGGAAUUAGUUAUUUACCUUUCGGAUUUCAUACAAAAGAACCCUCUCUGACCCAUCAUUUCAUACCGGGGGCUUUUAAAAUUUUUUUUUUUUUUUUAUUUUUAAGGCUAAUGUCGGCCACGGCUCGAGGCGGAAUGAACCGCAGGCCGUCAAUUUCGGGAAGAUAUUUAUCUCUCCAGGUUUUUUAAAAACCUUUGUAUAUCUCCUUUCCCGUCUUUGGUGUGUCGGUAAACGGAUGCGAUAGAAUAAAAGACAAUAAAACCCGUUUACCUAAAGUUAUCGAUGGUUUUGCAAGGAGUGCCGGGCGCGACUGUCAUUUUAGGGAAGCGACUAUGGAUUGUAGAAGAGAAAUGUGUUAAGUCCCUAUCAGAUUUCUGGAACAGAAAGACAAGGACUUAAAUGUAACGCCGUGGUGGCAUACACAUCUACGGCUGAGUGUAAAACUACCACUCGGAUAUUACUGCACCAAAAAGCUCGGAGGACUCGGCCUUGUGUGUAGGCCGGCCUUGAUGUUUUCACCACCAUCACAAGCCCGCCGUUUCUUGCCUAAAGCUCCUCCUGAGCGCUGACCCAAAGGCAUAGCUUCCAUUCUGCUCCCUUCAUCCCUUCAAACGACUGCUUCAUCCAUCCCCGUGUGCUGUUCUUCUACGGAAUGUGCAUAUGAACACACACAUGUCAGAAUUCCCAAAGCUUGGGAGUUGAAUACGUGCCAAUCAAGGAUUAUUUGCUAUUUGUUUAUACUCUCAUCCCACAUCCACAGGAAUAAUUUAAAAAAAAAAUCAUUUUUUUAUUGGGACUUUGGGAAGAUGGGCUGUUUGGGCAACAGUAAAACAGAAGACCAGCGUAAUGAAGAGAAGGCCCAGAGAGAAGCAAACAAAAAGAUAGAAAAACAGUUACAGAAAGACAAACAGAUAUACAGAGCAACCCAUCGGCUACUGCUGUUAGGAGCUGGAGAAUCGGGCAAAAGCACUAUAGUCAAACAGAUGCGCAUUUUACAUGUCAAUGGCUUCAAUGCUGAAGAGAAAAAACAGAAGGUUCAGGAUAUUAAGAAUAAUAUAAAAGAAGCUAUAGAGACUAUUGUGACUGCAAUGAACAGUUUGGUACCCCCUGUUCAGUUAGCCUGUCCAGGAAACCAGUUUCGAAUCGAGUACAUCCUCAAUUUAACCAAUCAAAAGGACUUUGAAUUCACUUCGGAAUUUUAUGAACACACGAAGACCCUGUGGCAUGAUGAGGGAGUAAGGGCCUGUUUCGAGAGAUCGAAUGAGUAUCAACUGAUUGACUGUGCUCAGUACUUCCUAGAUAAGAUUGACACUAUAAAGCAAAGUGACUAUACACCUACUGAUCAGGACUUGUUAAGAUGCAGAGUGCUGACAUCAGGGAUCUUUGAAACAAGGUUUCAAGUGGACAAAGUUAAUUUUCACAUGUUUGAUGUUGGCGGUCAAAGAGAUGAAAGAAGGAAAUGGAUCCAGUGUUUUAAUGCUGAGAGGAGAUUGGUCAGAUGGCCAGGAACAACCCAGGACCCAGACAUAUGCUUGGCAGGAACUGGCAGUUGCUGGAACACCAGUGUCACUCUUUAUAAUGUGACUGCCAUUAUAUUUGUGGUGGCCAGCAGUAGCUACAAUAUGGUCAUCCGAGAAGACAAUCAAACCAACCGUCUCCAGGAGGCUUUGAACCUGUUCAAGAACAUAUGGAACAAUAGAUGGCUUCGAACCAUUUCUGUUAUUCUUUUCCUAAAUAAGCAAGACCUACUAGCUGAAAAGGUUCUAGCGGGAAAAUCAAAAAUAGAAGAGUAUUUCCCAGAGUUUUCACGCUACACUACACCAGAUGAUGCUACACCUGAAGUGGGGGAGGACCCACGAGUUACAAGAGCAAAAUAUUUCAUCCGGGAUGAGUUCCUGAGGAUCAGUACAGCAAGUGGGGACGGUCGCCAUUACUGCUAUCCACACUUCACCUGUGCUGUGGACACAGAAAACAUCCGCCGGGUGUUCAAUGACUGCCGUGACAUCAUCCAGCGCAUGCAUCUGCGGCAAUAUGAGCUCUUGUGAUUGCUUACGGCACUGCUGGAAUCGAGUCUAAAACCUACAGGCUUCCUGUCCUACUCAUGCCCCAAAAAUGCAAACAAGAAACUUACUACUUAUGAGUUUCCAGGACCCACAGCAACAUACAGUAUAAGAGACACACCAACACAGGCUUUCUCCAUCCUGAGAUAGCUGAGGGGCAAGAAGAAUACUGUAUUGAAUAUAAACAAGGUUGACUGUGCAAUCCAGAAAACGACAAUAUAGCCAAUGACCACGAAUGGUAAAAGAGAAAGAGGGUAAAUACGUACAUAUAUAGGCUGAGAGAGAAAGGAAAAAUGUUUCAAAAGGACUGCUGAAUAUCUAAACACUUGUUGAGGCUCUGCUCAGGAUGAGGAAAAUAUUUCUUUGGCAUUCACACAGACACAUGUACAAUUCUGCUCCACAUAAAUGUCAUAUGUAUGUUAAACAUUAACCAUGUGUUUCUAAUGAUGUACUUACUGCACACAUGCACACCACAAUUGUGAAACUUUACUCCUUGCCUGAAUGGUUCAGUUGUCUCCCCUCAAUCCUCAAAAUGGACUAACAGAUGGAGACGGGAAAUCAUGGAUUAAUACAAGGGCAUGGUGAAAGAAUGUGGACCUCUAUGGUUUGCUUGAAAGGAUAAAAAAGGGGUAGACUCAUGGAGUUUUUGCAACCUUGGGUUGCUGUGCUCGCAGAGUGGAAAAGGACUUAAACUCAAGUCCCAUCACAUCAUUCUUUUCUCCAAAUGCAACAAAGAGAAGUAGUGAGAACAUACAAUGGAUAGUGUAAUGCAGAACAGCCAAUUACAGUGCAAAAAAAUAUAUGUGUGUGUGUACACAGAGAUAUAUCUGUGUAUUCCUGUAACAGCACAUCAGCUCUUCAUGGUUUUCAUCUGUUGAGUGUUAUGCACUAUUUGUGCAAAUAUUGCCUUUAUUCGCAAUUUUAACCUUCCAUUUUCCAAGAUAUCAUAAGUAUACAUUCUGUGCCACCCACUCUAUCAGUCUGUCUCUUUGUAUCUUCUCCUUUCCAAUCCUCCUGCUCCCUGCUUCAGUCAUAUUGUACACUAAUAUGUAAGGACUGAGAGUAAAAAAUGUCAUGACAUGGAAACGGGGUACAAAAUCCAAGUAAUUUGUCGCUCCUAUUUUUACUCUCUCUUCCCUUUUAAUCCAUCUAGCUUUGCUUUUUUUCUCUUUCUCUUUAUUUCUCUGCUGAAUCAUUAUUAUUGUACAGACUGUAAAAUGUAAUAUUUUGUACAACUUUAUUGAAGAAAAAAAGUAAUUGUAGAAGCUCCCUGUGCCUUGAUCAUGAUUGUAUGUGUAAAAUGAGCUAAGAUAUAAGGAAGGUAAUGUUACAUUGCGCUGUCCAGCUCCACCCUACCUCCUUCAUUCCCCUCUCACUGUUCUACAUUUGACCUAAACACUCUGGUCUCUUCAGGCUCUGGAUUAAUAUUGACCAUUUUUGUAAUUGAUCGUAAAAUUUCCUUCAUUUCCUUUCAAACUGGACUGUAAUUGGCUUAAAAAAUGGCAAAAUUGGUCUUGGGUCACGAGCAGAGAACUUUGCUUAUGAAAGGUCUGUGGAGAGUUGCUGUCUGUCACUUUGUCUUUUAAUGCACUUUCUUCAUAAAGAAUCAACCAAACUUUAAAAUAAAAUUUGGAAAUUGAAUAAUGAAUAUGAACUCUCAGUGUAGGCUUUCAGCUUUCAGAGUAUUUAUACUCAAGUCUGGUAAUUGUUACAGGUAUUAUAGAAAUGAUUGUUGUUCCGUUUCAGUUCAUUUAUCAGGUGUACAUUUUUCACUCAUUAUUUUAGAUGUCUCAAGGCCUGUUUUUUACUUUCUGCAUUUAAAAUGUGUUGCUGUUAACUCUCAAUAUGAAAUCCAAAGAGCAAGGCAUAAGUAACCUAAAAAAAUAAAAACACAAUGAUAUAAAGCAAAAAACAAUUAAAAUAAAUUGUGGCCAAAUUAACUAUUUGCUGCAUUUUAAAAGAGAAAAAAUACUCAUGAGCCAGGGAAAGGAACACCAACACCCCACAAAGACCACAGAAACCAACUGUGGUAAAUGACAAGAAAGUUAACAGGCCGAUAAAGAACAAAGACAAUCAAGACAAUCAAAAAGGACUUCUGCAAAUAGUGAAGAGGAUUUAAACCAUUUAAACCCCAAGUUGUAAACCAUGGUGAAAGCUCAGACAGAAAGACCAGAGGGGCACAUGUGUUGUGCUGUAAUUCAAUUGAUAUGCUCAUCUGAUUUUGAUCUAUAUACCCUUAAAUGAAAGCUGAAAGUCUGCACUUUGACUAUACUUUACCUUUUAUUUAGUAUAUUAUGUUAGACAGCUCAAACAAUAAUAAAAUUGUCAAUGGUCAAAUAUUAUUGACCUAAUGGGUAUAUGCAUACACUAUAUAGCAUUAGGUAUGUGGACAAAUAAGCAUCACACUUAUAUGGGCAUUGGCGCUGAGAUUCACCUCAGCAAAUCAUGACUCCACAGAACUUCAUUCCACUGCUUUACACCACUUGAGCUGCUGCUUGGCAUUGCACACAGUCAUCUUAGGCUUGUGUAUAGAUUCUUUGCCGCAGAAACCAUUUUAUGAUGCACAGUUUUUUUUUCAGAUCCAUAUUUCUUAAAGACGCAGUUUGGUGCUCUGUAGUGUGUGAUGCAAGGAAGAUUUUUGAUGAUGGAAGUAGGUGAGUAGACCCGAACACAAUGAUUAGGCGUCCACAUACGUUUGGCCUUAAAGUGUAUGUGUUUUAUGUGUAUGUCACCAAUAGACUACAAGUUUGGAGGUUUAAAAUUGGGUGUAACUUAUUAUAGCUUUAACAAAAUUCAGAUGCGUUAAUACUUUCUUUUUUUCCUGACAAACCAAAUCAUAUUGCUAAAUAUUAUGAAAAGACAAAAAAAAAAAAAAAGGAAAAUAUAUUGAACUUGUUCCGAGAUUUGCUUAAAUGCUCUUCUGUCUGGCAAGAGCUGCUUAAGAAAACAACAAUGCCCCAACCCAACUUUCUGUUCUGGUUCCCAUUACAAGAGCAGGGGCCAACCUCUUGGUACUCUAUUGGUCCACCUUGUAACACCAGUGUUUAUUUAUUUCUCAUUUUAUACUUUGUUUAGUUUUUGCACAGCAACAUUUUUGGGGUAUAAAAAAAGAACUAUUGAAAACUACUGACCAGUCUGAGAUGGUUAUGUCUUCUGCAAGAUGUUAAACUGACUUUCUGCAAGAUUUUAAAUUUCGACUUUGUCAUUCUUUCCCUCUUGCUAUUGUUUCCUUGUCCUAAAUUGCUGCAGCAA